AUGACCCUUAAUUCUAAUUCCUACAACCCAUCAUGGAGGCAACAUCCCAACUUCUCGUGGAGUAAUCAAGGGGCUGGCCCUAGCAAUUCUUCUAUGCCUCCAAGACCAAAUUUCCCACCGGGUUAUCCUCCACAAGCACCACAACAAAGGCCACAACAACAAGCAAUGCAAUCUAGCUCUCUUGAGAACAUGUUGACGGAAUAUAUAGUGAAGAAUGAAGCCAUGAUCCAAAGCCAAGCUGCAUCAUUGAGAAACUUAGAAAACCAAGUUGGGCAACUAGCUAAUGAGCUUAGAAAUAGACCCCAUGGUUCGUUACCAAGUGAACCGAGAAUCCAAGAAAUGGGGGCAAGGAACAUUAAUGCUGUAGGAAUGCCACAGCAUCAGCACCCAGGCAGCUCAAUUUCAAAGCAGCCACCUCCAUUUCCCCAACGUUUUCAGAAGAAAAAGUUGGAUUCGCAAUUCAAGAAAUUUCUAGAUAUGUUGAAGCAGUUGCAUAUCAACAUCCCACUUGAAAAGGCACUUGAGCAAAUGUCUAACUAUGUGAAAUUCAUGAAAGAUGUUCUUACAAGGAAGAGAAGGUUAGGAGAAUUUGAGACAGUGGCUCUUACCAAGGAAUGUAGCUCAUUCUUGCAAAACAAGCUGCCACCGAAGAUGAAAGAUCCUGGGAGUUUCGUCAUUCCAUGCACCAUUGAUGGGAAGAUUGAGGAUGUCUUGGUAAAAGUUGAUAAGUUCAUUUUUCCAGCUGAUUUCAUUGUGUUGGACUAUGAGGCAGACAGGGAGAUACCAAUCAUUCUAGGGAGGCCUUUUCUAACUACUGGUAGAACUUUGAUUGACGUGCAAAAGGGGGAGCUGACUAUGAGGGUUCAAGAUGAGCAGGUGACUUUCAAUGUUUUCAAGGCUAUGAGAUUUCCAUAUGAGAUUGAAGAGUGUUCUACUGUUUCAGUGGUAGAUUCUUUGGCAUCAAGGGAGUUUGAGACUAGUAACAUUGAUGAUCCAUUAGAGAGGGAGUUCAAAGCUCCUAAACCAUCCAUUGAAGAGGAACCUGAGUUGGAGUUGAAAGUCUUGCCAUCACAUUUGCGAUAUGCCUACUUGGGUCCAUCAUCCACUUUACCUGUCAUUAUCUCAGCGCAGUUGAGUCAUGAUAAAGAAGAAAAGUUGCUCAAAGUGUUGAGAAAGUUCAAAAAGGCCAUUGGGUGGACUAUUGCAGACAUUUGA